GCGGCCGCGGGAGAGCUUAGCAAUUAGCUCGCGCCGCUGCAGCUCCCUGCGCCUAGCGCCGCCCAGCAGGCAGCCCGGGCACCAUGCAGCAGUCCCCGCUGGAGAAGGCCAACAUCUUCUCCAAACUUUUCUUCAGAUGGACAAAACCAAUUUUGAAGAAGGGUUACAGACAACGUCUGGAACUGUCAGACAUAUAUCAAAUCCCUUCUGCGGAUUCUGCAGAUAAUCUUUCUGAAAAAUUGGAAAGACAAUGGGACAGGGAGCUGGCGACUUCAAAGAAAAAACCUAAACUUAUUAACGCUCUUCGACGGUGCUUUUUCUGGAAAUUUAUGUUUUAUGGAAUAUUGUUAUAUUUAGGGGAAGUCACCAAAUCUGUGCAACCUCUUUUACUGGGAAGAAUAAUAGCCUCCUAUGAUACGAGCAACUACCAUGAGCGAUCCAUAGCUUACUAUCUGGGCAUAGGCUUGUGCCUUCUCUUCAUUGUGAGGACACUGCUUCUGCACCCUGCUAUAUUUGGCCUUCAUCAUAUAGGAAUGCAAAUAAGAAUAGCCAUGUUUAGUUUAAUUUACAAAAAGACCUUAAAACUGUCAAGCAGAGUCCUAGAUAAAAUAAGCACUGGACAACUCAUUAGUCUCCUUUCCAACAAUUUGAACAAAUUUGACGAGGGGCUAGCAUUGGCUCAUUUUGUAUGGAUUGGACCUUUACAAGUGGUGCUACUGAUGGGACUGCUGGUGGAGAUGUUAGGGCCCACAGCAUUUUGUGGACUUUUCUUUGUGAUAAUCAUGGCCCUUUUCCAAGCUGGGUUAGGACGAAUGAUGAUGAAGUACAGAGACCGGAGGGCAGGAAAGACAAAUGAGAGACUUGUGAUCACCUCAGAAAUAAUUGAGAAUAUACAGUCAGUUAAAGCUUAUUGUUGGGAAGAUGCAAUGGAAAAAAUGAUUGAAGGCCUUCGAGAAACUGAACUGAAACUGACCCGAAAAGCUGCAUAUGUGAGAUAUUUCAACAGUUCAGCCUUCUUCUUCUCAGGUUUUUUUGUGGUGUUUUUGUGUGUGCUUCCCCUUGCGCUGACGCAUGGAAUUAUCGUCCGAAAAAUAUUUACCACCAUCUCAUUCUGCAUUGUUCUUCGAAUGACAGUCACUAGGCAGUUCCCCGGGGCUGUGCAGACAUGGUAUGACUCUCUUGGAGCAAUCAACAAAAUACAGGAUUUCUUGCAAAAAGAAGAAUAUAAAACUCUGGAGUAUAAUUUAACAACAACUGGUGUUGAGGUGGAAAAAGUAACAGCCUUCUGGGAUGAGGGAAUUGGGGAGAUAUUUGUAAAAGCAAAGCAGGAGAGCAGAAAAGUUUCCAGCAAUGAUAAUAAUCUCCUCUUUAGUAACUUUCCACUUUAUGGCACUCCUGUUCUUAAAGAUAUCAACUUUAAAAUUGAGAAAGGAGAGCUGUUAACUGUUUCUGGAUCUACUGGUGCAGGCAAGACUUCUCUCUUGAUGUUGAUAAUGGGAGAGUUGGAGCCUUCAGAAGGUAAAAUCAAGCACAGUGGAAGGAUUUCCUUUUCUCCACAAGUCUCCUGGAUCAUGCCUGGAACAAUCAAAGAAAACAUCAUCUUUGGUGUGUCCUAUGAUGAAUACAGAUAUAAGAGUGUCAUCAAGGCCUGUCAACUAGAAGAGGAGAUUUCAAAGUUUCCUGAGAAAGACUGUACAGUAUUGGGGGAAGGCGGAAUCAUCCUGAGUGGAGGUCAACGGGCAAGAAUCUCACUAGCGAGAGCAGUGUACAAAGAUGCUGAUUUGUAUCUCCUGGAUUCUCCUUUUGGCUAUUUAGAUAUUUUAACGGAAAAAGAAAUAUUUGAAAGCUGUGUUUGCAAGUUGAUGGCAAAUAAAACUAGAAUCCUGGUGACUUCAAAACUUGAACAUUUAAGGACAGCAGACAAAAUAUUAAUUUUACAUGAAGGGACCAGCUAUUUCUAUGGAACAUUUUCUGAACUUCAGGGUCAGCGCCCUGACUUCAGCUCAAAGCUGAUGGGAUUUGAUUCUUUUGAUCAGUUCAGUCCAGAGAGAAGAAACUCAAUUCUGAAUGAAGCUCUCCGACGGUUUUCCAUUGAUGGAGAUGGAGUGGGUUCCCGAAAUGAAUCCAAGAAACAGUCUUUUAAACAAACUACCGAUUUCAAUGAAAAAAGAAAGAACUCCAUCAUUAUUAAUCCACUUAAUAUUAGCAGAAAGUUUUCAUUAAUACAGAAAGCCCCAGGACAGGCCAAUGGGAUAGAAGGUUAUAGUGAGCCACCAGAAAGAAGGCUGUCUCUGGUGCCCGAUUCUGAACAGGGGGAGGUCAUUCUGCCUCGGAGCAAUUUACUAACCACAGGGCCCAUGUUCCAAGGACAGAGGAGGCAGUCUGUGCUGAACUUGAUGACCCGCACCUCAAUUAACCAGGGACAGAGCUUUUACAAAAAGGGAAGCAUAUCUGUACGUAAUAUGUCAAUGGUCCCCCAGUCUAACCUGUCUCUCAAGAGAGACAUCUAUGCUAGGCAUUUGUCUAAAGACGGUGUCUUGGAAAUAAGUGAUGAGAUUAAUGAAGAAGAUUUGAAGGAAUGUUUUAUUGAUGAUGCAGCAAGCAUGAGUGUUGUUACUACCUGGAAUACAUAUUACAGAUACAUUACCACCCACAAAAGCUUGACUUUUGUGCUAAUUUUGUGUGUAGUAAUCUUUUUAAUUGAGGUGGCUGCUUCUUUGGUUGGGGUGUGGCUUCUCAAAGAAUAUGCUGCAAAAGUGGCAAAUGCAACAAAGGAAAAAAAUUACAGCUCUGAUGUGUCCAACAGUGCUGCAGUGAUUGUCACCGACACUAGCAGCUACUAUGUCUUCUAUAUUUACGUGGGAGUGGCAGAUACCCUGUUUGCCUUGGGAAUCUUCAGAGGUUUACCCCUGGUGCAUACUCUUAUAACAGUUUCUAAAACUCUUCAUCAGAAGAUGCUGCACGCAGUUCUUCAGGCACCGAUGUCAGUCGUCAACUCUUUGAAAGCAGGUGGAAUACUUAACAGAUUCUCUAAAGAUACAGCCAUACUGGAUGACGUACUGCCACUCACAAUAUUUGACUUCAUUCAGUUAAUACUGAUUGUGACUGGCGCCAUAAUAGUAGUCUCAAUUUUACUGCCCUACAUCUUCCUGGCAUCAGUGCCUGUGAUAGGAGCCUUUAUUAUGUUAAGGACAUAUUUUCUCCGCACUUCUCAGCAGCUGAAACAACUGGAAUCUGAAGCCCGGAGUCCAAUUUUCACACAUCUUGUUACAAGCUUAAAGGGGCUAUGGACACUAAGAGCUUUUGGGCGACAGCCAUAUUUUGAAACCUUAUUUCACAAAGCGCUGAACUUGCAUACAGUGAACUGGUUCCUGUACCUGUCCACACUGCGCUGGUUCCAGAUGAGAAUAGAACUUAUUUUUGUCCUCUUCUUCAUUGCUGUGGCAUUCAUCUCUAUUGCGACUUCAGGUGAAGGGCAAACCAAAGCUGCCGUUAUUCUAACUUUAGCCAUGAAUAUCAUGAGCACCUUACAAUGGGCAGUAAACUCAAGCAUAGACGUGGACAGUCUGAUGCGGUCUGUAAGCCGAAUAUUUAAAUUCAUUGACAUGCCAAAAGAAGAAACAAAAAACACUAAGCCACUAAAGGAUGACCAGCUUACAGGGGUCCUCAUAAUUGAAAACAAGCAUGCAAAGGAUGAGAAGCCCUGGCCAUCCGGAGGCCAAAUGACUGUCAAGAAUCUCACAGCCAAGUAUAUUGAUGGAGGAGCUGCUGUAUUAGAAAACAUUUCCUUUUCAAUAAGUCCUGGACAGAGGGUAGGUCUUUUGGGAAGAACUGGGUCGGGGAAAAGCACUUUGCUCUUUGCCUUUUUAAGGCUGCUGAAUACAGAAGGAGAUAUGCAAAUUGAUGGCGUCUCUUGGAACACAAUCACUGCGCAGCAGUGGAGAAAGGCAUUUGGAGUUAUACCACAGAAAGUGUUCAUAUUUUCUGGGUCUUUUCGGAAAAACUUGGAUCCUUAUGGACAAUGGAGUGAUGAAGAAUUAUGGAAAGUAGCAGAUGAGGUUGGACUGAAGUCUGUAAUAGAGCAUUUUCCAGGCCAGCUUGAUUUUGUUCUUGUAGAUGGUGGCUGUGUCCUCAGCCAUGGGCACAAACAAUUGAUGUGUCUCGCCAGAUCAGUUCUCAGUAAAGCUAAAAUCCUGCUGCUUGAUGAACCAAGUGCUCAUCUUGAUCCUGUAACCUUCCAGGUGAUUAGAAAAACACUCAAGCAUGCAUUUGCAAACUGUACAGUAAUACUCUCAGAACACAGACUAGAAGCAAUGUUGGAAUGUCAGCAAUUUUUGGUAAUAGAAGAGAAUAAAGUGCGGCAAUACGAGUCAAUCCAGAAGCUGCUGAAUGAAAAGAAUUCCUUCAGGCAGGCUAUCAGCUACUCCGAUCGCCUUAAGAUAUUCCCACUACACCGCAGGAAUUCAAGCAAGCGCAAGUCUAGACCCAAAAUCAGUGCCUUGCAGGAAGAGACAGAGGAAGAAGUGCAAGAGACCAGGCUGUGAGAAUGGGUGGAAACGCUUCCUCUUAGGAGUUCACUGGUGGAGUUUGGGGGAAUACAGUACUGUACCUCAAAAACGGGAGAAGCAUGACCAACACCACUGAAAUUGCAGGAACAAGCACAGAUUCAAACUUUCAGGAGGCAUUAAAUGACAUUUAUGGAAGUGGCUGCCCUCCAAUGGUCAAAUUGUGUGUGAGGCAUUACAUAUCCUUGAAGAUUUACCACUUGUUCUGGUAAGCCAGGCUUCCUUGUAAAAGCUGCUUUACUGUGGUACAAAACUAGAUGAUGGGCAGAGAUAGGAACCCAUUUAGACCGACUUAAUCAUUUCAUCAAAUUUUCAAAACUUUUGCUGACGUGUGUUUGGGAGGAGGGGAAGGUGGCAGAAGAGGAAUGUUAAAAAAAAUCAAGCUUGAAUGGAAAACACUAAAAUAAAAAAUGUACAAUGAUUGUUUUAAGUUCACUUACUCCCUGAAAAGAGGUUGAGAAAGCACCAGUGACCCACUCAGAAUAUUUCCUCCUACUCAUUGUUCAGGCACUUACUGUAUUUCAACACUGCAGUAAAGGCAAAUGCCCUUUCACAACACUGCACAGCUCCAAGCAUGCAGGUGAGAAUGAAGGAAAGAGAGGAUGUUGGCUUGCAAGCUGCUCAACAUCCGUCAUGUCUCAGCAGUUAAAAGACGAUCAUGGGAGUUAAUAUUUCCUUCUGGAAUCUAGUAGACUAUUGGCCCAGCCUUGCAAACACUAAUUGGGUGGAGUGCAUGCUGAUAUGGGCAGUCCCCUUGUAGUAAAUGGCAGGACUUCCAGCAGCUGAAGAGUAAUAUUCUGUGUGUUUAGGUCAGACACCUUUACAUGCUUUUUAUCAUAGUUUGUAUAAAGAACAAAAACUUUGAAGUAGACUUUAAUAAUGGAAUCAGUUUUUAUAUGCUUCUGUUUUUGCAGUUUUCAGAUGCAUACUGAACUUUUCUCUAGAAUAUUUUAUUUUAAUAUUGUUGCAAACAUUUAUUACGAGAAUGCCGUAUUUUAAGAGUGAUUAUGCACUAUAAAGAAAAAUAUAUUUGUAUAGAAAGAAUUUUUAUAUUUGAAACAUCUCCUUUUUAUGCCACUAGUCCUUUUUAUUGCAUGUUAUAGUAAAACUUGGGGCGGGAAAUGACAGUAUCCCAAAGACAUCUCCACUAGCAUCCAAAGUCACCUUUAUUGGGACGCGUGGAAGCAUUCAGGCAAGACAAGUAUGUUAAGCUUCUAUUUAAAUAAAAACUCUCUUAACUCAAACGGCUUAUGUAACAAGUCAUGAUAGUUGCAACAGAAAUGUUCUGCUGCUUCUACUUAGUGAACACUGCCUACCAAACAAAAUGCAUUUAAUUUUUUAUUCUAUUUAUUACCAAAGUAGACAACAUGAUGUACAGUAUGUCAAUAAAAUUAAGACUGCAUAC